CUCCUAUUUGUCAUGUCUCACCGUGAUCGCUUCUUCCCAACUCGUGAUGAGCCUGAGGAUGACGAUGAAGUAGAUGCUGGUAGUGAAGCUAUGGAGGAUGAUAGAAUUAGUGAUGGCGUCGAUGACGCUAUUGAGGAGGAGGAUGAGGGAGAGGGUGAGGAUUUGAUGGAUAACAUGGAGGAGGAUUAUCGUCCUAUGCCUGAAUUGGAUCGAUAUGAUCCCAGGAUGCUGGAUGAGCAGGAGUAUGGUGAUGAUGCUGGUGCUAGGAGGCGUGCUGAGAGGGAACUAAGAGAGAGGGAUAGGGGACAAAGACGUAGAAUGCCAGGAGCGGUGUUUGGUGGGGAUAGUUCGGAUAGUGAGGAUGAUGAUGAUCGUAUGGGGGCCUAUGAGAGGAAGAGGCGUAGAUUAGAGAGGUUGAGGAGAGCUGCACAGGCAGAGGAUGACGAUGCUGCUAUGGACGAGGAGUUCGAUGCCGAUCUUAUCGAUCUUAAUAAUGAGGAGGUUGGACCGGACACUGACCUCUCUCCGGAUUCACGUUUGGGCAAGAAGAUUAUUGCCAACUUCAGCAAGUUCUUACAGACAUUCAUCGACCCAACAGAGGAUGCCAAUGAACCCUAUUAUUCUGAGAAGAUUCAUCAUAUGUGUGCCGAGGGGAAGACAUCCUUCACAGUAUCCUUCCAUCCUCACCUGGCUGAUUGGUCGCCUUUCAUGGCACAGUGGCUGUGUGAUCGUCCCCAUCAUAUACUCAAGCUGCUGCU